GCCUUACGGGGUUAAUAAGGAAAUGUGACUUGUAUAAACACCAGCAGCCGCUGGUUGAAUAUCAUUUAUUUCUAAACUUUACAACAUUUGGCAAUAGUUAUAACUAAUAUUUAAUUAUCUCGAUCUAAGCUGAUAUGGAAGAAUCGUAAAUUAGGUAGGAAGCUAUCAGUGCUGAAUUGUUUCAAGUUUUAACUAGCUAGCUAACGUUAUGUGUGCUCAUGAACUCGGGUAAAUCAACAACAGCUUUGUUAGCUAGCUAGCUAAGUAGCUAACUUGGAUGUUUUUCUGUUCAGUUUGUGGCAUAUGUGGCUUUGACCAAUUUCUUCCUGGAAUCUUUUCCAUUAUUUGAGUUUUUACCGAUAUGUGCACUUUGAUUUAUAUCAUAUGUGGCUUGUUGCAUGUGUAGCCUACAAUAUUCACACUGUAUCUUACUGUAUUAUAAGCUAGACAACCUCAGGGUGACAGUGCAUAGCUAGCUAGUAUUUUUCUUGUGAGACCUGUUUGAUAUCCUCAGGAUUCAAAAGCCCUUAGUUUUGUUUAGACAUAAUUCAUGCUCAAUGUUUCUCUUUAUGGCAUGACUGUAAGUCGCUUUGGAUAAAAGCGUCUGCUAAAUGGCAUAUUAUUAUUAUUAUAUUAUGGCAAGGUGCAUUCUGACCCUCCCCCCAUCCCUGUGCUCUUAAAUUAGUACGGGCCCUCGUCAAAAGUAGUGCGCUAUAGGGAAUGGGGUGCCAUUUCAAAUCAAAUGUUAUUUGUCACAUACACGUGUUUAGCAGAUGUUAUUGCUGGUGUAGCGAAAUCCUUGGCAUAGAAACUGGGCUUGUUCGACAGUGCAGGCAACAGCUGAAAAACUGAUCUACAAAUAACCUUGCAUCAUAAAUAACUAGCAAGGCCUACUUAUUAUUUAUAGGUUAGUCGUCACAAUUUACCCACAAUGCAUCAUGGAUGUGAUGCCAUAGAGAUAGAUAGAGGACACUAGUGCCCGAAAGCUCAUUUUAACUUGAGGACUUUCAGCAUUUUGAAAUAAUCAACUGGGUGGGACUUCCUAUGGGUUAAGAAAGGACCACAUGAUUCCAUCCAGGUCAUCAGGAGGGAUCAGAUAAUGAAUUAUACUCAUGUGGAAACAUUCCAUAAAUGCAGGUGGCAGUAAAUUGCCAACCUUGGCUUUAUACCUGUUCAAAGUGUGCACCAUAUCAGUAUGUUUGCCAGCCACUGAGGUAUAAUAAGAACUGGAGACUGUGUCCAAUAUGUCUGACCGUUGUUCGCAUACGCCGAUUUAUGGACAGUCUAUAUCCGGGAUGUAUCUGGUUCACAUGCGCACUAGCACUCAGUACACACAGAGAGCAGCAACGACAUCAUCCAAAAACAUGGCAGACAUUGGAUGAAUAUAAAAUGUUAAUAUGUUCAGCUGUGUGUGAUGGGGAGAAAAAAAAAACGGCCUCAGCGACGAUUAUUUUAAUAAUUCAAUGGAUGUUUUGUGCACAAAGGAGAUGACCAAAGUUUCUUAUUAGGAAUUUUCAAAUAUGACUUAAUAAUAAUAAUAAUAUGCCAUUUAGCAGACGCUUUUAUCCAAAGCGACUUACAGUCAUGCGUGCAUACAUUUUUGUGUAUGGGUGGUCCCGGGGAUCGAACCCACUACCUUGGCGUUACAAGCGCCGUGCUCUACCAGCUGAGCUACAGAGGUCUAUGCAAAUUGUCUUUCUGGGCCUGGCGUCAGUUAAACUGCCAUACCGAAGCAAAACUGUAGGAGCAGUCGAAACCUUGCUUCUAGACCAGAACCCAGGCCCCUUGUUGCCAACUUAUAGAAGUAGUAGAAGAAGAAAAUUGACUAUUUCAAAAUGCAGAUGGCCUAAAUGGCGCUGCCUGUGCUCUCAAAGACACCACAAUGGGACAGAUACAAUGAUGCCAUGUCUAUCUACAGUUGAAGUCGGAAGUUUACAUACACCUUAGCCAAAUGCAUUUAAACUCAGUUUUUCACAAUUCCUGACAUUUAAUCCUAGUAAAAAGUCCCUGUUUUAGGUCAGUUAGGAUCACCACUUUAUUUUAAGAAUGUGAAAAUGUCAGAAUAAUAGUAGAGUGAUUUAUUUAAGCUUUUAUUUCUUUAAUCACAUUCCCAGUGGGUCAGAAGUUUACAUACACUCAAUUAGUAUUUGGUAGCAUUGCCUUUAAAUUGUUUAACUUGGGUCAAACGUGUCGGGUAGCCUUCCACAAGCUCCCACAAUAAGUUGGGUGAAUUUUGGCCCAUUCCUCCUGACAGAGCUGGUGUAACUGAGUCAGGUUUGUAGGCCUCCUUGCUCGCACACACUUUUUCAGUUCUGCCCACAAAUGUUCUAUAGGAUUGAGGUCAGGGCUUUGUGAUGGCCACUCCAAUACCUUGACUUUGUUGUCCUUAAGCCAUUUUGCCACAACUUUGGAAGUAUGCUUGGAGUCAUUGUCCAUUUGGAAGACCCAUUUGCGACCAAGCUUUAACUUCCUGACUGAUGUCUUGAGAUGUUGGUUCAAUAUAUCCACAUAAUUUUCCUUCCUCAUGAUGCCAUCUAUUUUGUGAAGUGCACCAGUCCUUCCUGCAGCAAAGCACCCCCACAGCAUGAUGCUGCCAGCCUUGUGCUUCACGGUUGGGAUGGUGUUCUUCGGCUUGCAAGUCCCCCCUUUUUCCUCCAAACAUAACGAUGGUCAUUAUGGCCAAACAGUUCUAUUUUUGUUUCAUCAGACCAGAGGACAUUUCUCCAAAAAGUACCAUCUUUGUCCCCAUGUGCAGUUGCAAACCGUAGUCUGGCUUUUUUAUGGCAGUUUUGGAGCUGUGGCUUCUUCCUUGCUGAGCGGCCUUUCAGGUUAUGUCGAUAUAGGACUCGUUUUUUACUGUGGAUAUAGAUACUUUUGUACCUGUUUCCUCCAGCAUCUUCACAAGGUCCUUUGCUGUUGUUCUGGGAUUGAUUUGCACUUUUUGCACCAAAGUACAUUAAACUCUAGGAGACAGAACGUGUCUCCUUCCUGAGCAGUAUGACAGCUGCGUGGUCCCAUGGUGUUUAUACUUGUGUACUAUUGUUUGUACAGAUGAACGUGGUACCUUCAGGCGUUUGGAAAUUGCUCCCAAGGAUGAACCAGACUUGUGGAUGUCUACAAUUCUUUUUUUGAGGUCUUGGCUGAUUUCUUUUGAUAUUCUCAUGAUGUCAAGCAAAGAGGCACUGAGUUUGAAGGUAGGCCUUGAAAUACAUCCACAGGUACACCUCCAAUUGACUCAAAUGAUGUCAAUUAGCCUAUCAGAAGCUUCUAAAGCCAUGACAUAAUUUUCUGGAAUUUUCCAAGCUGUUUAAAGGCACAGUCCACUUAGUGUAUGUAAACUUCUGACCCACUGGAAUUGUGAUACAGUGAAUUAUAAGUGAAAUAAUCUGUCUGUAAACAAUUGUUGGAAAAAUUACUUGUGUCAUGCACAAAGUAGAUGUUCUAACCGACUUGCCAAAACUAUAGUUUGUUAACAAGAAAUUUGUGGAGUGGUUGAAAAACAAGUUUUAAUGACUCCAACCUAAGUGUAUGUAAACUUCUGACUUCAACUGUAAGUCUAUUUGUGAUGCUUUACUAUUUUCAUUUAGGGCACCUGACCAUAUGCAAGACUAUACCCCACCUAACACCUGUUCAACCCCAUCUGAGUGCUUACCCCUAAACCAGUGGAAUGAGACAGGGGAAUGUGGAAGUGAGUUAGCAGUUGACACAGUGAAACAGGAACUGAAAUCAAGGGCCAUUGUGAGUAGCCUAAUGGUGCAUUCAUAACCAAGUGGGAAGAUGGUAUUUACCGCAUACGACUGGGGAAAAACCUGUUGAACUGCCCUCCAACUCUGACGUCACAUAUUAAGAAAAUGACCAUGAUAACAGUAUUUCCGGCAGUUAAAUGCAACAACAAAACAUUAUUUAUAACAAACAAUCUAUUCAUGUUUUUUUUUAACACUAUAAUUUGUUUGCGAGUAUGAUAGCUGUACUUUUAGCAGCUUUUUUGCCAUUAGCAAAUCGACGUUUGUCAAUUAGUUCAAAGCACGUGAAUGCCUCCAACUCGUAUUUACGACUUCACAACUGGGUAUUACCACCACCCCACUUGGAUAUGAACGCAGCAUCCUAUGUCGUUUCGUUAGACGUAGGAGUCAGAUUGAGGUAUUUAGACCCAACGGCUUUUGGUCAGAAACCAUUUAGGGAUUUUUCAAGCCGCUAGACACAGAGGUGGAACAGAAACAGAAUCACACUUGAGCUGUCUUAUCUUGCUAAGAGAUCUGCUCAUGUUGUGUUGACUGCUAGACAAGAUAGUCAGGACAAACUGAACGUAUGUUUUUUCUAUAUAGCCUAUGCUUUUAUUAUUGUCCAUUUCACCUGCUUCACACUUCUCAGAGUGGAGGUUUGUUCCUACUCUGAAAAUGUCCAGACUUCUAUAACCAUGCAAUUCCAUUAAAUAACUUUCUUUCCAUUUUUUCUUGUGUCUUCAAACUAACUUGCAGAUUGUUCCACCAGGAUGAGAUCCAUCGUGUCUUUCUACUUCUGCUACCUGCUGUGCCUGUGCCUGGGGAUCGCCUGUGUGGUGUUUGUGUCCAUCUGGAACUCCCAGUGGCGUGGUGGCUUUGCCUGGGAUGGCUCGCCCCUUCAGUUUAACUGGCACCCUGUCCUGAUGGUCACAGGUCUGGUCGUGCUCUACGGCAAUGGUGAGUGGCUCAGGAAGUGCUUUUACUUCCAGUCUUUGGUGCAGGCGGAUGUGUCUCAGCCUUUGAAAUGAGAACUUGACGUUUUUUAAUUGCACUGACGGUCUCAUGUUUGGAUAGUUUGUGUUAUAUAUGGAGGUUUUCUAUGUAGGUGAGUGGCUUUAGUUAGUUGUAGUGAAACUACAAUCAAGUGGUUUCACUUUCCCUUGUUGAUGCAGAUGAAUGUGUCUCAGACAUUAAUUGGAAGUAAGAACUGAAAGCAUUUAAAUCACAAUGAAUGAUGGUCUCAUGUUUGGAUAUAUUAUGUUAUGUAGGAUAUGAAGAUAUUCUGUGUUGGUGUUUCGGCACAUAGAAAGCUAAAUAAAGCCACCUUAACUUCCUUCCCUGCUCCCUUCUCGUCUUUCCCUUGCACCGUAGACAUGUCAAGAACUUAACCACAUUGACAGUGUACUGCAAGGCUAUUCAACUGGCGGCCCGCGGGCCAGAUCAGGACCGUUUAUUAAUUUAGACUGGCCCUUUGAUCAAUUCUGAACAUUAAUAAAAGAUCAGCAAAAAAAUCCCUGCCAAAAUCUGACAUUCAGUGCCAAAAUGCAAUUUUUUUGCUGGUUCUAGCGCCUAUAUGGAUUAUUAUUUCUUCAUAUGAGUUUGGCUCUAGCGUUUGAACGGUUUAAUCUUCACAAUAUUAUGACCCCAUUCCUAAAAGCUAAGACUCUCAGGAACAAAUACGUGCCUUCUGUUUCCCUCUCUGGUGCUCACAAGGAAUCGUUAGAAGGGAGCGUGACAGAAAAACACCUAAUGGCUGAGGGAAAUGAAUUCAAAGCAUACUUCCUUCAGCCUGGAAUUUUAAAUUACCUGAUUUAACAUAUCCUUGUGUUAUUUAUUGAGAUGCUUAGUUUUCAGAUCAUUCUAAAAUGACCUAAUUACUUUGAAGAAGCUUUUAAUAGUUGUUUAAAUUAAAUUAAAAAACGGUAAGCGAGCGUUGUGCCUUUUCCUUUUCAAUGAUUAUAAAAUGUUUUGGUUGCACCUCGACUCAUGUUGGUUGAGCGCCUUCCACUUCUUUCCGAAUUACUUUUUGCUUUUUUAUACAGUUCUUCCAAUUAACUUUUUUAGAUCUGGCCCCUGUAAGAAUAUAGUUGAAUAGCCCUGGUGUACUGUAUACAUGAGAUAAAGACAAUUAAAACAAAGCUUCAAUUGCAACUUAUAUCCAAGUCAAGUGAGUGCUGGCCUUUUUACAUUUUGGAUCUUGACUUGUCUAACCUCUAGGAGCGGUGCUGUACCGCGUUCCCCUCACAUGGGGGCAGAAUAAGCUACCCUGGAAGCUGCUGCAUGCUGGUGUCAUGCUCCUGGCCCUGCUCUGCUCCGUCCUUGGCCUCUGUGCUGUGUUUGACUUCCACAAUGCCAACAACACUCCCAACCUCUACUCCUUGCACAGCUGGAUUGGCAUUUGCACUACAGCACUCUUCACCACUCAGGUUUAGUAUAUCUGCCACUGCCAACACACAAAUUAAAACAGCAUUGUCUUAAAACAACUGUCAACUCAUAUUAUGCCAUAGAAUGGCCUACAAGUAUUAUGCCCUACUUGGCAUGUAUGGUGAUUGUUAGACUUGUUAUGCCACUUUCUAUGGCUGUGAGAGGCUGACAUAUGUUUGUUUUGUUUUCAGUGGGUGAUGGGCCUUGCUGGCUUCCUCCUGCCCUGUUCACCCAUGUCAUUCCGCAAGCUGCUGAAGCCUGCCCAUGUGUGGAUGGGAGGCUGCAUACUGAUACUCAGCAUCGUGUCCUGCAUCUCAGGGAUCAACGAGAAGCUCUUCUUUGCACUGUAAGGGACAUAGGGUGCUAUUUGAGACACAGCUAAUGUUCCAAAAGGGUUCUUCGGUUGUCCCCACAGGAGAACCCUUUUUGGUUCCACAUAGAACCCUUUUGGGUGAAAAACAAUCCACUAGGGCAGUGUUUCUCAAUCCUGGUCCUGGGGACCCAAAGGGGUGCCAUCUUUUUGUUUGUUGCCCUAGCACUUUUUUAUUUUUUGGGAGCACUAACACUUCAUUCAACUAAUCAACUCAUCAUCAUCAAGCCAUUGAUUUGAAUCAGGUACAGUGCAUUCGGAAAGUAUUCAGACCCCUUGACUUUUUCCACAUUUUGUUACAUUAUAGCCUUAUUCUAAAAUUGAUUAAAUUACUUUUUUUCCUCAUCAAUCUACACACAAUAGCCCAUAAUGACAAAGUGAAAACAGGUUUUUAGAUGUUUUUGCAAAUGUAUUAAAAAUAAAAAAACAUAAGUAUUCAGACUCUUUGAUAUGAGACUCGAAAUUGAGCUCAGGUUUAUCCUGUUUCAAUUGAUCAUCCUUGAGAUGUUUCUACAUCUUGAUUAAAGUCCACCUGUGGUAUAUUCAAUUGAUUGGACAUGAUUUGGAAAGGCACACACCUGUCUACAGUUGUCCCACUGUUGACAGUGCAUGUCAGAGCAAAAACCAAGCAAUGAGGUCGAAGGAAGUGUCCGUAGAGCUCCGAGACAGGAUUGUGUCGAGGCACAGAUCUGGGGAAGAGUAACAAAACAUGUCUGCAGCAUUGAAAGUCCCCAAGAACACAGUGGCCUCCAUCAUUCCUAAGUGGAAGAAGUUUGGAACCACCAAUACUCUUCCUAGAGCUGGCCCCCCUGCCAAACUGAGUAAUCGGGGGAGAAGGCCUUGGUUUUUCUGCGGCAGGGACUGGGAGACUAGUCAGGAUUGAGGGAAGAUGAACGGAUUGAACCCGAUUUAACAUCUCUGGAGAGACCUGAAAAUUGCUGUGAAGCGACGCUCCCCAUCCAACCUGACAGAGUUUGAGAGGAUCUGCAGAAAAGAAUGUGAGAAACUCCCCAAAUACAGGUGUGCCAAGCUUGUAGCGUCAUACCAAAGAAGACUCGAGGUUGUAAUAGCUGUCAAAGGUGCUUCAACAAAGUCCUGAGUAAAGGGUCUGAAUACUUAUGUAAUUGUGAUAUUUACGUUUUCUAUUUUUAAUACAAUUGCAAAAAAAUCUAAAAACCUGUUUUUGCUUUAUCAUUAUGGGGUAUUGUGUGUAGAUUGAUGAGGGGAAAAAAACAAUCUAAUCCAUUUUAGAAUAAGGCUGUAACGUAACAAAAUGUGGAAAAAGUCAAGGGGUCUGUAUACUUUCCGAAUGCACUGUGUGUAUGUUAGUGCUAGGGCAAAAACAAAAAUGUGCACCCCUUUGAGUCCCUAGGACCAGGAUUGAGAAACACUGUACUUGGGAAUAGGUUGCCAUUUGGGACACAUUGUAUAUAUUUUUUAUUGAGUAGGAAACAAUGUACUGUAUAAACACAUAUUUCCAUAAUAUAGCUAAAGACAUCUACUUAUGUUGGACAAUAUUAUUCAAACUGUAUACAAAGUGUUGUAUUGAUUAUUUAUUCAGGAAAGGAACCACCAAUGGGACAAAGCCAUAUGGCAACCUGCCACCUGAGGCAUUGGUCGCCAACUCGUUAGGAGUCUUGAUCGUAGCCUUUGGAUUGGUCGUCCUGAAGAUUCUCUCCAAUCAGAAUUGGCAGCGACCAGAGCCUAGAAGUGAGGACCUGGGCUACAGUGUGAGUGCAACAAACCUUCUGAUGUCAUGUUGCCAAGUCAGAUGUCCUGACCGAGUGCUGCACUGAAUAUGAUGUGUAAAAACCAUAACAGAUUUGUGUAUGUGGGUAGAGCUGUAAUAUCUUCAUAGCUGUUUGUAUUGUUUUAUAAGUACAGUAUUGUGUGUUGUGAGACGGUUAUAAACCCUAUUUGAUCUAAAACAGAUUCAUUAUUUGAAUUACAUUUGAAAAUGCUAUUUUAUUUUGCAAUACUAUAUUCAUACUAGGUGAAAAUGUAUUCACAGAUGUAUUCAACUCCUUUGUGUUUUUAACUAACUUAAUGUUUCCACAUGCAGCCACUGCUUCAAGGCGACAGCUAAUAGAAGAGAUGAGGAGGCUUCAAACCCGCUCUCAGCUGUUAACCAUACUACUGAAGCUAUCCAUCAAUGUUAUCUGCCCCUGCUGGGUCCAAAGUUGCCUUAAACAAAUAAUGAGAUGCUGAAUGUCCUAGCCACUGUCAGGACCAUAAGGCAUAAGGGCCCCCGGCCACUAGGGGGUCUGAACUUACUGUUGAGAGUUACAAUUUCAAAAUUUGGUAUUGCAUCAGCAGUUUUUCUCUUAUGUCAGUCACUGACAGUCACUGAAUUAGCCCAUGUCAGCUAAACAAAUUUUUAUUGGUUAGUUAGUCUAGCCGGCUAUCUAAACAUUGUAGUAAUCAUGGCCAAAUUACUGACUGGGCACGCAGGGUACAUGCCAAGGGGCCCUGACCUCCAGGGGGCCCCCAUUGAUUUUGGUAGUCAUUCUCA